ACAAGCGUCCAGUAUAGGCCGCACAGCUGUAGCCACUGCGCGUCUUUAUUCCGCGCCGUGAAAAAAGAAAACAAAUCCGCGCGCUUUUCGGAAUUUAAAAACAAAAAUGUCAAAAUGCUGAGAUCGAAAACUUUGUUCUGAAUUCGAAAAUAAAUAGUGUUGUAUAUAUUUUUUAAUAUUUAGAAAGUAAAAUAGUGACCAUGGAUCCUUUACGUGAAGCCAGUGGAUCCCACAUAGUGGCUCCGAGGCAUAUUAUAAACGAACCACCUCUGCCUGAAGUAGACAAUGCUCUGAAUACUACAGUUUUGUGCUAUGAUCUCACGAUUCAGCCUGAUUUCCAGACAUAUUUUGAAGCCCUGCAUCCGUACGCGUGGGUGUUAUGGGGUACAGCCCUGGCGGUGGUGGUUGUCAUAUGUCUCCUGUUCACCGCCACGCUGCGAGCGGCGCGGCAGCACUGGGCGGAGUGCGGCUCUAACUUGACCGUCGUUUUAGCUGUCUACCCUCUGGUGGCGAUAUCAGGGUUGGUGGUGCUGGCGGUGCCGCGGGCUCGCCUGCUGGCGGAGGCGGCGGCGCAGCAGGCCGUCAUGGUGGGCAUGUACCACCUCUACCACAUGCUGCUGGCAGAAGCUGGCGGCCCGGGGAAACUUGCCAGACGCGCUGGGGACUCUCGGCUGGAGACCAGAGUCCUGCCAUGCUGCUGCUGGCCGUGCUGUGUCAUCCCCAGACCCGUGCUCGACCUACGAAGCCUGGAGUGGCUGCGGUACUUAGUGUUGCAGCUGCCGAUAGUUCAGGGGAUUAUUUACUCCAUCAUUCUGGUGUUUAGCGCGGAAGAUAUGAAUCUCUACCUACGGAGCUUCAUCUUCUUCCAGCCGUUUGUGGUGGUAUCCAUCCUGUCAGGGGUGUGGGGCAUCAACAUGAUGGUCAGGACAUGCGAGGCUUCAGGUCUGUCAUGCAGGCCCCGGUUCCUGGCUCUACAGCUAUUGCUCAUCGUGGUCAAAGUCCAAUGCGGCAUCGCUAAGACCUUGCCUGAGAUGGUAACCUUACCGUGUGUCCUCAAUUUGAAUCCGGCCGUCGUUGUUCACAUGAUCCAGUACAGUAUAAUGAUCGUGGAGACGCUGGCGCUGUCAUUAUGGGCGUGGAGGCUGUACCGUGCGCCGGCGACGGCAGGGGAGGGGGGGAAGGUGCGCCAGGUUGUGGUGGCCGUGCUGGAUGACCACCAGAAACCUAACACCAUCGGACGCUCUCUCAGCGCUAAUGGGGCUUUGUAACACUACCACCACAUAAAUGGGUGAUUUUGUUUGUAAUCUUGUCUUGAAGUGGUAAAAUGGUCUAACAGAGAGCUCGGUGAGGUGUGGGUAGGUACGUACUCAGUUCUUGCGAUAGUUGUACCUCUGACUAUCCGAAUUUUAAUAUAGUUGUGACUAAUCGUGAGUCGUCAAUUGGAGUAGUCAGAGAUACAUCCAUCGCAAAAUGAACUAAGUACCCACACCUCACCGAGCUUUCUGAGGUAGGUGGUGAGACGUAUCGCCGUCUAGAAUGGUCGAGCCAACUGUGUAGAAAAAAUGCUGAAACUAAUGAUUAAGUUUCAUAAAAAAUAGAAGUGAUUCUGCCAUCUUGAUGUUUAUAGAAAUACGUGCAAAGAAUGAGCCACCGAAAUUACGUGUAGGUACUUCCGGUGGCGUAGAUUUACCCAAACACGUUUUGUGUUUAUAGCUCUUAUGUGUUAGGAAAAAGAAAGUAGACUUAUCAGUCUAUG